AUGAUUGCAAGAGCAAGGACCCAUAGAGUCGUUAACCGCUUAAACCAGGAACCAAACUUAUUCAAAAUAUAUGGCGACAUAAUUAAAGAGCAGGAAAAACGUGGUUUCAUCGAAAAGGUAGGAGAGAAUGAGGACAAGCCACAGCGCAUACACUGCAUACCGCAUCACCCCGUCAAGACAGAUUCUACAACUACUCCGAUUAGAAUUGUGUAUGAUUGCAGUUGUAAAGAGAACACAAAAAGUCCGAGUUUGAAUGACUGUCUUCAUUCAUAUCCGCCGAUUGCAAAUGACAUAACAGAGCUACUAACCAGAUUUCGUACUCAGAAGUUUGCAGUGACAACAGAUAUCGAAAAGGCAUUUCUGCAAGUUGGACUUCAUAAAUCUGACCGUGAUGUAACUCGCUUCUUUUGGUUAAGUGACCAAACAGAUUCAACCAGUCCGUUUACAACUUAUCGUUUCAAGUCAGUCUUAUUCAGGGCUACAUGCUCACCAUUUAUACUGAAUGCAACUUUAUUAAAACAUUUUGAGGAGAAUCCUAGUCCAACAGCUUCAACGUAG